CGCGCAGCAGCCUCAGGGCCGGCGGCGGGAGCGGCGGCUCCCGUGCGAGGCCUCGCUCCGCCCGUCUGCAGUCGCGCUGUGGCCGCUCCGCGCUCCCCCGGAGCCUCCCCGCGCCCCUCCCGUUCGCUGCCUCCCCUUCUGGCCGUGAGGCGAUCCCGGCGCGCAGUGCCCCCGACGCCGCUGCGCCCCAGGUGAGGGAGCGGGGGAAGGAGAGAGCGAGCGGGGAGCACUCGCUCCCCCUCCCUCCUCAGCGCCUCCCCGCCGAACCCCGCCGCUCCGUGCUUCUCUUCUCCCGGCGGAGCCAAACAUCCCCUUCCCAAGAUGGGCUGCACGUUGAGCGCCGAGGACAAGGCGGCGGUGGAGAGGAGCAAGAUGAUCGACAGGAACCUGCGGGAGGAYGGCGAGAAGGCGGCCAGGGAGGUCAAGCUGCUCCUCUUAGGAGCUGGUGAAUCGGGGAAAAGCACAAUUGUCAAGCAAAUGAAGAUUAUCCAUGAAGCUGGUUAUUCAGAAGAAGAAUGUAAACAGUACAAAGCUGUUGUCUACAGUAACACCAUUCAGUCCAUUAUUGCUAUCAUUAGAGCAAUGGGGAGGUUGAAGAUAGACUUUGGUGAUCCAAUCAGGGCUGAUGAUGCUCGUCAGCUCUUUGUGUUGGCUGGAGCAGCAGAAGAAGGAUUUAUGACUUCAGAGCUUGCUGGAGUUAUCAAGAGGCUGUGGAAAGACAGUGGGGUUCAAGCUUGUUUCAACAGAUCUCGAGAAUACCAGCUCAAUGACUCUGCUGCCUAUUACUUGAAUGACUUGGACAGGAUAGCACAAACCAGCUACAUUCCAACUCAACAGGACGUUCUCAGGACUAGAGUGAAAACUACAGGAAUAGUGGAAACUCACUUUACKUUCAAAGAUCUUCAUUUUAAAAUGUUUGAUGUUGGAGGCCAAAGAUCAGAGCGGAAGAAGUGGAUUCAUUGUUUUGAGGGUGUUACAGCAAUUAUUUUUUGUGUGGCACUAAGUGAUUAUGACUUGGUGUUGGCUGAAGAYGAGGAAAUGAAUCGGAUGCAUGAGAGCAUGAAAUUGUUUGACAGUAUCUGCAACAAUAAAUGGUUCACAGACACAUCUAUUAUUCUAUUCCUGAACAAGAAAGAUCUUUUUGAAGAAAAGAUAAAAAGAAGUCCCCUCACUAUUUGCUACCCUGAAUAUGCAGGGUCAAACACCUACGAAGAAGCAGCUGCUUACAUUCAGUGUCAAUUUGAAGAUCUGAACAAGAGAAAAGACACAAAGGAAAUCUACACUCACUUCACGUGUGCCACAGACACAAAAAAUGUGCAGUUUGUUUUUGAUGCUGUAACUGAUGUUAUUAUUAAAAAUAACCUUAAAGACUGUGGCCUCUUCUGAGAACAGACAAAAGGUCGCUAAAUGGUUUGGAGAUCGACUUCGCACAAUUCUAAUCUGAUUCUUUUCAAGGUGAAAGAAGUACAAAAUGCAUUGUGCUGAAUGAUAGAUCAGUACUGUACUUGCCUGUUUUAACAGCUUUAUUUAUGUUUGUCUUGUAAAUUUAAGUAAUUAGUUAACACUGAGAUGUCAGUUGAUUGUAUGUAAACUUACAAUUGUAGUAAUGUAUUUGUAUAAACGUUGAACGGAAUAUUUUAGUAACUUGAUGUCCUCURAAACAUUCCUCUAAAAUUUCCAUGUUUUAUGAAGAUAUUCUUAGAGGAGACAGACACUUUUUGCCUUUGGAUUAUUUAAACAUCUUGUAAAAUUAAAUUUUCUUUUCAUCUUAAGGGUGCAUGCUGCCUUAUUCUUUACUUUUGUUGRUAAUACUGUAUAUGGUGUUAGUUUUUUGAUAUUUAAACAGCCUCAUACACCUUCUCGGACUUAAACAURACCAAUAAAAUAUGUUUUUUGCCUUAAGUUUUGAAAAAUAAAUCUUUUUAUAAAUUUAAGAUAAAUGCAAAGAUUAUUUUAACAUUUAAAUUAAAUCCAAAGUUUAUGAGAUCUGGACUUGCAGUCUUUGCAGUGGAAAUGUGGCAACACUCGGAAAUUGACAUUAACAUCACGGUCAGCUAUCACUGAAGCUGAUGGAARUGCAAAAAGGAAGUUAAAACUAUUCAUAUCAAUAAAAAUAUUUGAUGCUGUGGUCUUUACUCAGUGUAGUGAAUGAAAAAAUUACCUUUGGGGUUUUUUAAAUAGACAGUUAGCAAAGGUUGGACUUCAGAGUAAUGUUUUUCUGCUUACAUUAAAACAUAAAUUCAUGGUCUUAAAUUUUUUUGCUAAUUUCUGGUAAUAAAACUAGUUGGAUAGCUUAAUAAMCAUAAAAAUAUUGGGUUUUCCCACAAGACAAGGCACAGGGGCUUCACAGAUAAAAGAAAUUUCCUGUUGCRUAUAGCAAGAAUCCUCAGUAUUUUGGAUAGGGCGUUUUAGUGACUUAGAUGUGCUGAUUCUUUAAUGUCCUCUGUAAUUAUAAUCUCACAGUUUCUUUUAAGUUAAAGAUUAUUUUCUUCUUGUUAUGYUUUCAUUAUGUCAUUUGCCAUCAUAUCAUCUAUUGCCUUAGGGAUAGUGCCAAAACCGAUUUUUUUAAUACAGAUUUUAAAAGGAAUAAGCUUCUAACUGUAAAUAAGUUGAUGGUUGUCUUAAAUGUAUGUUUGUCACCUAGAAAACAUGAACGUACCAAACUUAGAGAUACAAUUUUCUAUAAUUGUUAAAAUAUUUCAGGCAGCUACAGUACACCAUAUGUUCUUUGAGAAGUAAGUAAGUCUUGGAGCCUGUGGCUAUUUUUCUAUAUUAUCUUARCAUUUAUGUUCUUAGAAAUGUUCAAAAUAUUGAAGUCAUUGUUCUGUUGUUUAAUUUUUGAUUGUGUAUGUUUAAGUUAGGCCUCUGCUUGAGUAAAACUUACCUGCACUUCUCAUUCUUUAAUGCKUUCUUUGUUAGGUACAGAAUUGCUAAAUGCAUUUUAAAUGAAAGAUUAGAAAGGAGGUAACUUAUUGGUGGAGGUUGUUAAAUAUAUUGAUACAUUAUGAGCUCUUUCAACAGUUAUGGUAAGCAAUCUGUAUAUCCUGGGCUGCUUUUAAUUGUGCUUUACAGUUCUGGAUAUGAUUUUAAGUCUCACUGAACUACUUUGUGGAAUUGUAUUUACACCUACGUUCAAGUUGGUUUUUGUACUUAAUGUAAAAAAUUGGGAUUAAUCAAAUUAAAUAAACCUAAAUCUUGUGCCUUGCUUGAAAGAAAUGUUUUUCAUUAAAU